GUUUAAAGUCUCUCUAAUUCAUUACCAUUACCAUUACCAUUAACGAAUCACCAGUACACAUUAGCAAGUCGUGGAGUUAACAGUGGUUAUUAGACGGCGAUAAAAAUGAUAGAUAAGGUUCAUUUUUCGGUUCCUAAGAAGAAUUGUUCACAGUUCAUUAAAGUCUUCUGACGUUCCAUCACAGUCUACACUUUAUUUAAGUCAUAGCUUUGUCUAGUGUACAACUUCUCUUCUAACCGGAACAAAAUGUGGUGGAUGAUAUUGGCGAUGCUGUACAUCGCGUUCGAUUUUAAUUACUUCAUACGCGUCGCGUUCACGAUCGCAACUGUCGCAUGCUCGAAUAGAAACCUUAAAAUGACCGAUACUAUAACCACAUAUGGUCUUUGCACCACCCAGGACAUCGAUAUGUUCAUUGACCAUAUGAACAACGCGCGCUUCCUGCGCGAGCUGGAUUUUACCCGCUUCCACUGGUACGGCCGGACCGCGUUCUGGUCGGCAAUCAAACCACUAGGGGGAUCGGCAGUGCAAAGUUCUGCGAUGAUCCGCUAUCGCAAAAAGCUGCCACUGUUUCGGCCUUUCCGAAUCGAAACUCGGCUGGCAUGGUGGGAUGAUAAAAGUCUCUAUUUCGAGCAUAAAUUCGUCACCCUUUUCGAUGACUUCGUGCGUGCGAUUGCCUUUUCGAAACAGGGUGUGACCGGGUGCGAUGUGCGGCUGGCGGAGAUUAUGGAUGGAUUUGAAGAGUGCCGGGACAAACCCGAACAACUGGAGGAACUAAGACUUUGGUCGCAGGCCAACGAAGUGUCCAGCCAAAAAUUGCGGAAGGAGCGAUGAGAUGAAAACAUACGGCAUGAUAGCGUUCUCGCGGUAAAAGUGCUUCGAAAGUGUGAUAAUAAAAAGUAAAUAAUUGCGUAAAUCGACUGACCAUGCUUCAAUCGAUUCAUACUCUACACAUUCAAUACGCACGCACACAUACACAUUGUAUCCAUUUUUUUAGAGAGAGAUUGAUUCUCUGUUUACGACGAAUGAACUUGUCCAGGGUUGCCAGCUUAGUUUUUUAAAAGCAAAGUUUGAAUGCCUGCCGAAGGAUGCCAGGUGAUUUUUUUUCAAAUGUCUUACCAUGGUACGUAAAAAUGUCUUCAAAUGUCUUCAUAGUCUUAUAAAAAAAACAAAAAUUGUAAAAAAUGUAAGCUGUCAUUUGGACAAAGUUUGAUAGCUUAUUCAAUGUUUAUAUUAAUAGGCAUUGUUAUAUACGCAUUUCACUGAACUUGCCUAGAGGUUUUGAAGCUUAUUUAAAUAAAUGUGAACAAAGAAUAUAUUUCACAACUGCGAACUGAAUUUUAUGACUUUAGAAAUGAUAGUUAGCCUGAUAUACCGUUGUUUGGGUGAAUAUCGCCCCGGUUUUUCCACAAUACGGAACUGUGAUAACUCCAUUUAUUUAUUUCAGCUUUGAAGUUUUGGUUGUAACUCAAACCAUAUCCAUAAAACUGAUUAUUGAAACGGUGUGUAACCGGAAAACCUUCGUUUUGUGAAGUGGUCGUUUGAAUGAUAUAUGGGUCCAAAUUUAUGAAAAUACAAAGUCACAAUCAUUCAAAUGUUCUAGUGCAACAGAACUAAUGUCUUCUAGAGACAUUAAAAGUCCCUCGUUGUUGAAUUCAUUCUAUAUACUUG